AUGGACUCCCAAACGCCACACCACGCACGUCCGCACCCUCACCUCUAUACCGCUCUUCCUCCGGCAGCUCAACUGCAGCAGCGGACCGCCAAUAGCACCCCAAUCUCCUCGCCGGGGCUCUUCAGCCCCCUCAACAUGCGGCCGAGCAUGUCAUUUGGCUCGCAGCCCGUCUCUGAGGGUGCCACACCCUUGGGCGCGACCCCCAGCCCGUUCCUUCACCCCCUCCAAACGCACAAAGUCCGAGAGACACACACGGCCAAUGUCGAUCGGGACUUCACGACUGGCCGAAAAUUGAUCAAUCAGUAUGAGGUGAUCGAAGAGAUCGGCCGGGGCCAGCAUGGCAAGGUCAAGCGGGCUCGCAAUCUCGAGACGGGCGAGAGCGUUGCCAUCAAAAUCAUCCCUCGACUGUCCAAGUCUCGACGACUCGGGAGGGUCUCCGCCGUCGAUCCGCAGCAGAACACGAAGCGGGAAAUCGCUAUUCUCAAAAAGAUUCGACAUCCCAAUAUUGUCGCCCUUCUCGAAGUCAUCGAUGACCCCGAGCUGCGCAAGAUCUACAUGGUGUUGGAGCAUGUCGAGCUCGGCGAAAUCGUCUGGAGGAAGAAAGGUCUUCCUCAUAUAUGUGCAUGGGAGCGUCGGAGGGUCGAGAGGGAAAUGCGUGGCGAGCAGCUCAGCCAGGAGGAGGAAGAGUACGGCCGCCUUUUGGAGCAUCGUCUCAUGAUCAAGGAGUUGAAGCGUGCCAAGGCCAAGUCAAAGUCCGCGUCCAACAUCGAUUACUGGAGCUUGGAGUAUGGCGCGACCGACGACGAGGAGCUCGACCCUCGGCCGUACCAACUUGGACAGGACCUCUCUAUCCGGAGUCGGCCUUCCGCCCAGCAGAUCGCGCGUUCGAGAGACAACUCACGGGCUCCAUCGCGGAGCGUUUCGGGCAAAUCACUUUCCCGAGCCGGCACGUCCGAGUCCUCCGACCUCGAUCUGGCUUCUCUCCAUGACGAGGACGACCUCGAGACUCCUUCUGCUCUCCGCUCGAACCCGGGAUCGAUGUCUGCCUUGGGAGAAGCGUCUGUCCCCGGUUCACUCGAGGAUCCCGCUUUCCGGGCCCGCUCGCCGAGCAUGGCUGACUCCAUCAUCUCUCACAUGUCCUCCGUUGAUUACAACGCCCAAGCCCACGACCCCUUUGCCGACGACUUUUCGUAUGUUCCAUGCUUUACCAUGGAACAGGCGAGAACCACAUUCAGAGACACAGUGCUUGGACUCGAGUACCUCCACUAUGAAGGCGUGGUCCAUCGAGAUAUCAAGCCUGCGAAUCUGCUGUGGACCAAGGACUAUCGUGUCAAGAUAUCCGACUUUGGGGUGUCCUACUUCGGCCGUCCGAUUCGCGAGGGCGAGCCAGACGAUACAGUCUCCGAGUCAGAGGCCCGGGAUUUUGACGAUGACCGUGAGCUAUCAAGGACUGUCGGAACCCCCGCCUUCUUCGCACCCGAACUGUGCUACACCGACCUGGAAAGGGAGCCGCCCAAGGUGUCUGAGCAGAUUGAUGUGUGGUCAUUGGGGGUCACGCUCUAUUGCUUGAUAUUUGCCCGCAUCCCGUUCAUGGCUGAGGACGAGUUUUCGAUGUUUAAGAAGAUCGCUACUGAGGACGUCUACAUCCCUACUCGGCGGUUGAAGCCAGUGGAGCCCAUCACGGUUCCCACCCAAACCUCUCUCUACCAGCGCGUGAAUCGCGAGCCCUACAGAGACGAUGAUGAUCUCGUGUAUGAGGAGAUCGAUGAUCUACUCAUUGAUCUGCUGAAGCGGAUGCUCACAAAGAACCCCGAAAAGAGAAUCAGGCUCCGAGAAGUCAAACGCCACCCUUGGGUCGUCCAGGGCAUUGACAACCUCAUUGCCUGGAUCGACGACACCGACCCAUCAAGGCGCACGGCUGGCCGCAAGAUUCAGGUCGACGACAGGGAAAUCGGCAGGGCCGUUGUACCUCUUACCUUCCUCGAGCGUGCGAGAUCUGUGGUGAAGAAGGCUGUCGGCAAGGUCAUGCAUUCACGUUCUGAACGUGCCGAAAGUGCUUCUCGGAGGAGGGCUACCAGUAGUGCAGCGAGUUCUGCAGAGGGUAGUCCUUCCAAUGUUCCCGGCACUCCAUAUAAUCGGGACACGCGUCGCAAAAGUCUCCGUGGAGACGAUUACUUCGCUACCAUCACACAACUGCCGACUGAGCACCCUUUGGCACAGAGUGUCACGGCGAGUCCGCGCGACUCGCCACGUGAGGAGGGUGUUGGCCUUUCUCAAUCCCAACCCGGAUCAUUCGGCGACCUUGCUGCGAAACACAUGGCAUCCCCGCCGGAGGCGAGAGCAAGGGAAGAGUCGAGUAGUUGGCAUCAACCCGGCUUCCAGCGCCCAUUGACACGACACGUCCACGCGCGGUCCAUCACCAACGCCUUCCUCGCCCUAACCCCACCUCUGCAAGAAUCUGCCACGGUCCCUCCUACCCCUCUUGGCGGGUUAGAAGAAGAUGACCCCAUUGCGUCUCUGCGUACAACACGGGAUGCUCGUGCUGCCGCUGACGAUGCCUCGCGUUCGCGGUCAAUGGACCGCGCCGGCCUUGUCUUUGCCAAUGCGGAUAAACGUGCUGAAGCAAAGGUGGGACUAAGCUCGACUCAUGCCCCAGGAAAUCUGUUGUGGUCGAAGCAGCCUCGGCCGGCCCGCUCGACUGACCUCAGCAAGGAGUUCAAUGCGGGCACCGGCUUGUACCUGUCCCGGGCCAAGACUGUAUCUCAGCACGCGCAGCAGAAGUCCGAAAGCAAUAUCCAAAUAAGGCGACGAGCAGAGACUGUACUCGAGGAGAGGCCUUCCACUGCGCAUCGUAUUCAGGAUAUUCCUGAUGGCAAGACACCGCCCCCUCGUGUCUACAAUUCGUCAAACUCGGACUCGUUCGCUCGGGCACAGGAACAGUUAUUCCGUCGUCAGAGGCAGGAGCACGAAGACAAGACGAGGCGGCGACAGGCAGCGGAGCUUGGAAAGAACAAGGAUCCCGCCGGUAUUCCCUGCCCCCCCUCUCCGGACGAUGAGCAUCCCCCCAUGCAACGGGUUUGUUCUUCUCGAGAAGACAUUGCUGCCACGGGCGGCGUUUCUUCCAAGUCAACCUCAUUCGGUGCCAUCGCAACGCCGUUGACCAGCCCUAGCGACAUCAUGAGCCCGAUUGGCAGUCAUACGUCCAACACUGCCAGAGAUGUCAAGGACUCGAUGCUUGCUUUCCAGUCCGACCCCUCCCUUCCGGCUCUGCUGAGUGGAGCUAGCUCGGUUUCCGCUGAUGUCGAGGGCGAAUUUCUCGGCAACCCUGGUGUGGUCAACAAUGGCCCCUCGCUUGUAGACACGACCGAGUCCCUCACACCGCCAGCUCUCAACAAGGAGCCUCUUGCUGGCUUCCCGCUUGAGCACCAGGAGCUCAGAGACCCUCAGGAGGGCGAGAGUGGCGCGAUCCCAGUGCAUCUAGACGCGGGUGCCUCGAAGGCUGCUCGCACUUCACCCCUCGCUCGUGCGACUAAGCUUGGGGACGAUGAGGAUGAUGACAGCGACAGCGAUGAGGGCCUCCUCAUGUUCAAAGCCAAGAGAAGACCACCCAAGGAGGCCCAAGCGGCAUCAUCUACGAGAGGCCCCAUGAAUGUCAGACGAAGAGACACGAACACCAGCAUCGCCAGCACGGAGACUGCCAAAAAGGUCGCAGUCCAUAGCGACUGA